GAAGUGGCAGGAGAAGACAGCCUGGAAUCUUGGAAUGCUCUUUGGACAUCCAUGUGCAGGUGGGCCUGGCUUCAUCCUGAAGAAUUUUUUGUGAAAAACCACAGGGAAAAUUCCACCUCAGGAGCAAGAAGCUGGAAAAUGAGGAUUUUCUUGGUUUGGACCCUUUUCCUCAUGAGAGCCACGAGCACAGGUGGCCAGGCAGUGACAGGCCCCAGGCAGGUGACAGUUGAGCAGGGCAGCUCGCUGGCAGUGUCCUGUAGCUACAAGCCACGCUACAAGCUCAACUCCAAGUAUUGGUGCCGCAAAAACUCCCUCUGGGUUUGCUUCACCUACCUCAUCCAAACUGACGGCUCAGAGGUAACAGUGACACAGGACAGGCUGUCCAUCAGAGACAACCACACAGCAAAUUCAUUCAGAGUGACACUGAGCAGUGUCACACUGGAGGAUGCAGGCCAGUACUCCUGUGGGGUGAAGAGGAGACUGGGGAUCAACCGCUGGCACAGCACCAAGGUGAUGGUCUCUGCAGCUGUUUCAAACACAACAGAGGACAGCAAUGUGAGCCUGUUGACCACCAACCCUCUGUGCCCCAGAGGCUAUGGGGAGCCUCCAGUGCUGUCCCAGCUCAGUGUCAUCCACUUACUGCUUCUUCUCAGCAUCAAGGUGCCCAUAGCAUUGGCUGUGAUUUGUGGAGUGGCCUGGGUGAGGAGCUGGCACAGGAGACAUGACCAGGAAAACCUGCAGGUCUUGGAGGUGUCCAGCAGCACCAGGGCACGGGACUGCCCACGCAUCCCAACCAUUUCUGAGCCCCAGGGAUGCCCUCCUGUCCCCAUGGUCCCCACCCUGCUGGGGCCGUACCACCCCUCACGGCCACCCUGUGCCAGAAGGUGUUUGGCUCCAGGUACUUUUGCACCUGGAAAGCCUGAGCCUCUCCUGGCAGCCCCUGCCCUGGAAAGGGAAGGGUUUGGGGUGCAGAGACUCUGUGUCUGUUGA